AAAAAAACUUCAUUCAUGUGUUAGUUCUGUUUUCUGUUUUUUAAAUAACAAAUCCUCUUUCAAUAUAAUCUUUAUUAUAUAUACAUAUACUUUCGUGCCUUCUUCCUCAUCUUCUUUGGUCUUUUCUUGUCAUUUGGCAUAACCAAAGAGUCAAGCACAUUCAAACAUUCUCAAGCCCUAAAACCCAAAAGAAACUUAUAUGCUCUUGUUCUUGUUCUCCCUCUACAAAUUAAAACCCUAAUUAACUAUCUAUUUUGUUUGUAUACUGUUCUAAUCUCCUGAUCACCUCCUUGUUUUCUUUCAAAGUUCUAUUAAAAAACAAAACCUAGUUCUUGUUCUUUAGUUCUGUUUACAUCAAAACAAAAUAUGCAGAUGAUUCCAGGAGAUCCAUUUUCUAUUUCAUCUUCCAUGGGAGGGUUUGUCCACCAAGAACAGCAUCUUCAUCAUAUUCAGCAGCAUAUCCCGGACAUUAACCCUAAUUCUAGCUCUAACCCUAAUGCGAAACCAAACUCUUCAUCAGCCAAGAAGAAGAGAAAUCAACCUGGCACCCCAGAUCCAGAUGCGGAUGUCAUCGCUCUAUCGCCAACCACCCUCAUGGCAACAAACAGAUUCGUCUGCGAGAUCUGCAACAAAGGGUUUCAAAGGGACCAGAACCUACAACUCCAUCGCCGUGGCCACAACCUUCCAUGGAAGUUGAAGCAACGGUCCAGCAAGGAGGUGAUAAAGAAGAAAGUAUACAUAUGUCCUAUCAAGACUUGUGUUCACCAUGAUUCUUCUAGGGCCCUUGGAGACCUCACCGGGAUAAAGAAACACUAUAGCCGCAAGCACGGAGAAAAGAAGUUUAAAUGCGAAAAGUGUUCUAAGAAAUAUGCUGUUCAAUCUGAUUGGAAGGCGCACGCAAAAACUUGUGGCACUCGUGAGUAUAAGUGCGACUGUGGCACAUUGUUCUCCAGGAAAGAUAGUUUCAUCACACAUAGAGCUUUCUGCGACGCAUUGACAGAAGAAGGUGCGAGGAUGAGUUCACUUAGUAAUAAUCCAGCCACAACAACGAUGCCGGCGAAUCUUAAUUUUGGAAAUGAUUCACAUGUUAUGAAUAAUCCAAAUCUUCCACAUGGAUUUGUCCACAGAGGAGUUCAUCAUCCCGACAUUAAUGCUGCUAUCUCUCAAUUUGGAUUAGGGUUCGGACAUGACCUAAGUGCAAUGCAUCCGCAAGGUUUAUCCGACAUGGUACAAAUGAAUUCCGCUGGGAACCACCACCUCUUUCCGUUGUCUUCAUCAUCAGUCCUCCCUGACUUCUCCGGCCACCACCACAGCCAACAAUUCCAAAUUCCCACAACUUCGACAAACCCUAAUCUCACCUUAUCAUCAUCCUCAACAUCACAACAAAACUCAGCUUCACUACCAUCACUACAACACCAAACCCUGAAAGACUCUUCUUUCUCCCCGCUCUUCUCCUCCUCCUCCUCCGAAAGCAAACAAAACAAGCCUCUCUCUCCAAUGUCUGCCACUGCACUCUUACAAAAAGCUGCACAAAUGGGAUCCACUAGAAGCAACUCCACCACGGCUCCGUCCAUCUUCGCCGGCCCAACAAUGACGUCAAUUUCAUCCGCAGCUUCUCCUCCUCCUCGAUCAUCUUCUCCAAUGAUGAUCCAACAACAGCUCAACAACAACUUCAACACCAAUGCCCCAAGAGAGAUCCAUAAUCUUGCUCCUCCUAUCAGUGGUGUAACCACGAGUAGUGUGGAUAAUAACCAUCGAUUUCAAUCAAACCGGUCAGGUAUGAACCCGGCUCAGCAGAUGGGUCUAACCCGGGAUUUCCUCGGAGUGAGCAACGAGCAUCACGCUCACCAAACUGGCCAUCGUCCGUUUUUGCCUCAGGAACUCGCAAGGUUUGCUCCAUCGAGUUGAUGGGUUGUCUGUUAUUAUUAGAUCUGAUCAACUACAUAUAUUUGGGGCUUAGGACUGGAAGUUUCUUUGAGGAGACAAGUCUAAAAUCGUAGCUCCCUUGUGAAGCGGUCGGAACGUGGGGACAAAGGUUGACAAGACAUCGUCAUACAUUUAUAUGUAUGUAAUUUUAAUAUGUUCAUGAUGAUCAUCAUUUCUAUACCAUGCAUGGGGGUUGUAUUUUGCCACAAUAUUGUCGUUUUGUAAAUGUUAUUUCUUUUCGUUAUUACAAUUACUGGGAUAUUCAAGUAUUCGGUCCGUAUAGUCUUCAGGCUUUUCCAGGCUUUUUACUAUUUUAGAUA